AUGGGUUGCUGUCCAGUGUUCGGCUCACGAAGCAGAUCACUUUCGAUCGAGGGCACACCCCCGGCUGGUGAAAAGGUGAAGUCAUCGUCAACGAAAACUGAACCGGCGAACAACUUCAGGAAGGGUCCUACAGCAAGUCCCGCAAAUGAGCACCGAGAAGUAGACCUGACUUUCGGACAACUGAAACAAGUUGUUCUCGCAAAUCCCGAUUCAUACGUCAUUAUCGACGUCCGAAAACCGACGGAAGUUGAAGAACGCGGACGGCUUCCUCGAGCCGUCAACUUGCCUCUCGGAGAAAUUGAAGAAGCGAUGCAACUCAGUACCGAAGAUUUUGAGAAAAAGUACCAUUUUCCCAAAGUGGCUUGCAACAACGAUGGCAUCAUAUUGUAUUGCUGCCGCGGGUACAGAGCUACAGAGGCUAAGGAUAAAUUCAAAAAACUGGGCAUCAAGUGCGUCCAAGUCUAUUCUGGUUACCUUGAUUACGUCGAAAACGGUGGUUUUGUUGAUCGUUCCAAAGAGGCAGACUCCCGUCAGUCGUAA